CAAUGAGCUUCUGUCGCAAAUUGAAUGGUUUUAUUUACAAAGUUUCUUCUCCCUGAUGGAAGUGUAAAUCUGUGUAAAUCAUCGAUGAUAGUAUCUGAUAGUAUAUCUGCGCUGUAAUUGAAUUCUAUAUAUUAAAAUCAUUGUGAUAUUUGCUAUGUUGAAAAGUAAAAUCGAUGCAAUCGCAUAUAGAAUCCGGUGCGCAGUUGCUCGCAAGAUUGAAUGCGAAACCGAGCCUGCACGGACUCGAUGAUACUUUAUUUCUCGAAGGUCCUGGAAGUAACGACAUUAUAGAAAUCAAUGGAGAACGUUCAACUGGAAAGACUUUUCUGAUCUCUCAAAUGCUUGCAAAGUGCAUCCUACCAAAAUAUUAUCAAUCCGUUCGAAUCAAAGGCUGCAACGCUUCAGCCAUUUUGAUAAAUACGGAUCACCACUUUCAAGUUUCAAAAUUAAUCGAUAUAAUGACUGAUAUCGUGGAUGCUGCGUAUACCGCGUCGCCCACUUCUGGCACGAUCGAUACAAACUCUGAUAAAAUAGCUAUUGUGCGAAAAUCUUUGCGUAAUUUGUAUGUCAUCGAUUGUUAUAACAGCGAACAAUUUUUUCUAACGCUACGUACACUGGACGACGUAUUUCUAGACAAUGCCGAAAUUGCAAUUUUAGCUAUCGACAGUAUAACGGCAUAUUACUGGCAAGAUCGUGAAAGUGGUUGUGUUACAAUUGAUUCUUAUCUAAAGAAACUGUUACAACUUAUCAGACUACAUACAACUCGAUUCGAUAUUGCAACUGUAUAUACCACAUCUCGUGAAAGUAAUGUCAAUUGCAAAGGAAAGAAAUUCUUGAUAAACGACUUAAAAAAGACUGUUGAAUAUUAUAGGAUACAUUUACAGAAAAUGCAAGACACAUCAAACUUUAUGUGUACACUGGAGACAGAACAAACUUUUAAAAAAAUGCAUUAUUCUAUUUUGUUGAGUGGUAUAAAAUGGAAAGUGGAAGAAGGAGAAGGAUAAAUUCUGAUAUAUUUACAAAUUUUAUUAAGGGAUAUAUCACUGAAAGAGUAUGUUGUCCACUAUAUCCAAAGGAUUUAACAACCUGGAUCCUGCUAACAUUAUAUAUGGCAUUUUGUCAUUAUUUUGACUCAAUGUCAUUUCGUGAAUUACUUUUGCCUCUUCUGCUGUGAUUCCUCCGAUAACGUAUAUUAAAAUAUAAGGAUUAUCAUGAG